AUGCACGAGGGUGAGAUACGCGUCGGCGUGGUCGGCGUAGGGCGCGGGGAGAGCUUCAUCAAGGGCGCCACGGAUGCCGUGGGGAUGAAGCUGGUCGCCAUCUGCGACGUGUGGGAGGAGCGCCUCCAGGCCGCCGGGCGCACCUACGGGGUGGCCACGUUCACCGAUUACGACGCAUUCCUGGAGCACGACCUGGAUGCGGUGAUCCUGGCCAACUACUUCCACGAGCACGCGCCGUUCGCGGUCAAGGCGCUGGACGCCGGCAAGCACGUGCUCAGUGAGACGUCGGCCAACGGCACGAUCGCCCAGGGCGUGGCGCUCUGCCGUGCGGCGGAGCGCUCGGGCUGCAUCUACAUGCUGGCCGAGAACUACUGCUACACGGUCUUCAGCCAGGAGCUGCGCAGGCUGUACCGCACCGGCGAGAUCGGCCGCGUGACCUACGCCGAGGGCGAAUACACCAUCCCAUGGCGCCCGACGCGCGCCUGCGUCUGGCCCCGGGCGAGCAUCACUGGCGCAACUGGCUGCCGUCGACCUACUACUGCACGCAUGCGCUGGCGCCGCUGGUGUACAUCACGGAAUCGAUGCCGACGAUGA